AAGCAUUUUCCUAUAAAUGCAACCUCUCCUCAUUCAUCUCAUUCACUCCUCAUUCUCUCUUCAUUUUCUCUUAUCAUAAGAAAUUCGAAAAAAUUAUGUCUUCUGGAGAUUAUUUUCGUUCGUGGAUGGAUAGACCUCAUUUGGAUCCCAACACCAAUUUGCUUACAGAAGAAUACGUUUGAGGUAUUGGAGAAUUCAUGAAGCUUGUUCAACAGCACUCGGAUGCAAAUACAGGUAUGGUAAGAUGUCCCUGCUCUACUUGUAAUAACAAUAAAAUUAUAAAAGAAUGGGAAGUUUGGAAACAUUUGUAUAGAAAAGGGUUUGCACGGAAUUAUAAAGUUUGGUAUCUUCAUGGGGAAACUGGUUUUGAAUAUGGUAGUAGUAGCGAACCUCAGCCUGUUAGCAAACAACCUCAGUCUUAUGGUUGGUUAGAAGAACCGAGAAUGGAUGUAGAUUAUGGUGUAGGUACUGAGCAGAUGGUACAUGAUCAGUAUAGAGGGGAAGAACCAAAUCUCGAAUCGGGGAGAUAUUUUGACAUGUUGGAUGCAGGAAAACAACCUUUGUAUAAAGGUUGUAGAGAUGGUCAUUCACCUUUAUCAUCUGCAAGUAGAUUGAUGGGUAUUAAGACAGAUUAUAAUUUGGCUGAAGAAUGCGUAGAUGCGAUAGCUGAUUAUGUUAAAGGUGUUCUGCCAGAGGAUAAUCUUGCACCGGGUUCAUACUACGAGGUUUAGAAACUUGUUGCGGGUCUUCGAUUACCGUACGAAGUGAUAGAUGUAUGUAUCGACAACUGCAUGAUCUACUGGGGAGCGGAUAAGGAUCGGGAUAAAUGCAAAUUUUGUUGGAAACCUCGUUAUCAGGAAACGAGGGGAAGAGUUCUGGUACCAUUCAAAAGAAUGUGGUAUUUGCCUUUGACGGAAAGAUUGAAGAGGUUGUAUCAGUGUGAGCGCACGGCGAAGGCAAUGAGAUGGCAUGCAGAGCAUUCUACAAAUGGUGAGAUUAGACAUCCUUCAGAUGCGAAGGCUUGGAAACAUUUCCAAUCAACAUAUCCAGAAUUUGCUGAACAGAGAAGAAAUGUUUAUCUGGGAUUAUGCACUGAUGGUUUCGGCCCAUUUGGAAAGCAUAGAAGACAAUAUUCUCUAUGGCCGGUGAUUGUGACACCAUACAACUUGCCGCCAAAUUUGUGCAUGCGACGAGAGUUUUUGUUCCUCUCCAUUCUCGUCCCCGGGCCAGCUCAUCCUAAGAGAUCACUAGAUGUGUUUCUUCAACCACUAAUAUAUGAGUUACAACAACUAUGGGCGGUUGGUGCUGAGACAUACGAUGUUUCGUGCAGAGAAAACUUUCAUAUGCGGGCAGCACUUAUGUGAUGCAAUAAGUGACUUUCCAGCAUAUGGUAUGUUAUCCGGAUGGACAACACAUGGCAGGCUUUCAUGUCCAUAUUGUCAAGAUAACACAGAUGCUUUCCAACUAAAGCACGGAAGGAAAACAUGUUGGUUUGAUUGUCACAGAAGAUUUCUACCACCUGAUCAUCCAUACCGUAGGAGUAAGACUUUGUUUACGAAGAACAAGCAGGUGUUUGAUGAUCCACCUACGGAAGUUAGUGGGAAAGAUUUGGCGACACAGUUUAGGGAUUUUGGUGCACAAAGGACGCCAGACGUAGGUGGACAUGAAAACAUUCCAGUCAAUGCUGUUGGAGAGCUACAUAACUGGCACAAAAAGAGUAUUUUCUGGGAUCUGCCAUAUUGGGAGAGUCAUCUAUUGCGUCACAACUUAGAUGUCAUGCAUAUUGAGAAGAACUUUUUCGACAAUCUGAUGAACACAAUCCUCAACAUCCAAGGUAAAACGAAGGAUAAUCUGAAGUCAAGGUUGGAUUUAGUCGAUAUCUGUGAUCGUUCUGAACUUCACGUUGAUGAGAACGGUACGGCACCUUUUCCCAUUUAUCGGCUGGAUGGUGCUGGCAAAGAAGCGUUCUUUGAUUGGAUUACAGAUAAAGUGAAAUUUCCAGACGGUUAUGCAUCAAAUUUGGGUAAUUGCGUUGACAGAAGCGAAGGAAAGUUUACUGGCUUGAAGAGUCACGAUUGUCAUGUGAUUAUGCAGCGGCUCCUUCCGUUUGCUUUUUCCGCACUAUUACCACGUAAUGUUCAUGAAGUAGUUGCAGGGAUAAGUGUUUUCUUCCGUGAUUUAUGCACCAGAGUAGUGACUGAGGAGGGUAUUAGUACUUUGAAGGAAAACGUACCCGUUAGUCUUUGCAACCUCGAGAAGAUAUUUCCUCCAUCAUUCUUUGAUGUAAUGGAACAUCUUGCUAUUCAUCUCGCAAGAGAAUUGGAGCUUGGUGGUCCUGUGCAGUACCGAUGGAUGUAUCUUUUUGAGCGUUAUAUGCAUCAUCUGAAGAAGAAGAAGAUCAAAAAUUUAAGCAAGGUGGAAGGAUCUAUAAUUGCACAGGUGAUCAAUGAAGAAACUUCAAACUUUGCUGAAAACUACUUUCCAUCAGAAGUGCAUACAAAAAACCGAAGACCUGCUCGGCAUGAUGACAGAGGAGAGAAAGCAACGUAUCAUGUUACUGUCCCAAGCAUGUUCAGCGAAAUAGGAUGACUAAGUGGAAAACCCACGAAGCGGAGACUGACGGAGAUUGAGCACGCUCAUUUGCAAACAUAUUUGCUUACCAACUGUGAAGAUGUUCUACAAUAUGAGAGUGUUUAUAUGGCAGAGUUGCGUAUGACUUACAGACAUGCCACAGAAGAAGAGCUUCAACAACUCAGACAUAACGGAUUUGCUGCAUGGCUUCUUAAUUAUGUGACUGAUGGUUUGGCCAGAG